CCAAGCAAAAGGGGUUCCUCGGCUGAGAUCACAGCUGGACCUGCCACAGGCCAGAAGUAUUUGAAAGGGGAAAAAAGCGGCAACCAUUUAAAACCUUUUGAUUCCCUGCAAUGUCCAAUCAGUAAAUGAACUGCAGAAAUAAAAGCCUGCUUUGGUCCAGACUCCACUCGUCUGUUAUGCAGGUUGCAUGUCUGUGCGUAAGCCCUAUUGCUCAUUUCUCCCUCUAUUUUCCUGCCAUUAUUCAGCAACCCACACCUCUCAAGUCUGACAGUGUGCUCAGUCGUACAGGGAUAAAAAAAUACACAAUGCUGAGUGGUGAAUGUUGAGAGAGGCCAAUGUGGUGUUGAUUACCUUGUCAGCAAUGAGGUUGCUGAGUUUACACAGCCACUGAGAGACUAGAGAGAGAAAGAUAGAGGGAGAAAAGAGAGGGACAGCGGAGGAGAGGAGUGAGGCAGUUAACUGCCUUUCCAUACAAGGAGAGGUAGGGGGAGAAAAGAGGAAGGAGGGGGAGGAGAAAGCGAGAGGCAAUGAGAGACAGAGAGGUAAUAUGAGGAGAUACAAUGAGAGAGGGAAGAGAAAGGAGAUAAAGACAGAGUAUAGAGGGAUAAAGGCUGAUAAGGCAGACAGCCGGUUACGGUGAAGAGAAAGAGAAAGAGGAGAAGUGAGUGAGUGUAGCUGUAUCCUCUCUGAGGUCCCAACAGUGUGAUUCUGCUGCAGCUUCUCCCCUUGACACUGACUGACUGACCCAACACAGAUGAUGUCAUCAGAGCACCUGACUCAGCAGCUACUCGCUGUACUUCUGAACCUUUGCCUCACUUUUGCUGGGCCUUUGCGACCACUCAAUGGGACAGAAUGCACAGCCAAGGGUCCUGCUUCCUACAUCCUGGUCUUUACAGGUCACUGGAGCCCACAGGCCUUCCCUAAGCAGUAUCCACUCUUCCGGCCCCCUGCACAGUGGUCCAAACUCAUAGCGGUCAGCCAUAAUCGCCAUUUUCGGCUGUGGGAGGAGGGUGCUCCAGCCAGCGCAGGGGUGCAGAACUUCGCUGAAGUCGGGGUGACAGUGGAGCUGAUGAAGGCAGCCAAGGAGGCCAGGAAGAGACGGGCAGUCGGUGCCAUGCACCGAACAGCCGGAAUCCCUAACGGCAUUGGGCACAGCUCCACGGAGUUGCUCAUGCAGCCCCGGAGCUCACUGUUGUCUCUGAUGGUAAAGAUGGUCCCCAGCCCCGACUGGUUCGUUGGCGUGGACAGCCUAAACCUCUGCGAGGGCAGCCGGUGGAAACAGGAAGUCACCAUUGACCUCCAGCCAUAUGAUGCCGGGACAGACAAUGGAUUCACUUUCUCUUCUCCCAACUUCCCCACCAUCCCCCCAGAAAACAUCACAAAGAUCACAUCUCAGAUGCCAAACCAUCCAGCCAACUCCUUCUACUAUCCACGUUUGAAGGAGCUUCCACCUAUUGCCAGCAUAAAGAUAACUCAACAGAGCAGAUCAUCUGACCGCCAAACCCCAAUGUCCAAUCAUAUUCUGCCAAACUCUAUUAUUCCUAAACGCUUCUCAGCGACACCAUUGGACUGUGAAGUGUCUUUCUGGUCACCCUGGGGUUUGUGUCUUGGUCCCUGCUCUAGAGGUGGUGUCCGCCACCGCACACGUUACAUCCUCUUGCGGCCGGCCAAUGCUGGCGUCCCCUGCCCUGAGCUUGAGGAACAGACUGAAUGUGUACCACACAGCUGUAUGAGACUCCAGUAACCCAUAGCGUGCACAAGCACAGAUACUGCCAGUAUUCAACACUGGGACUCUCAUGUUAUUACUGCUGGACUGAGAAAUGUGGCUGCAUUUUGAGCAUCUCCUUGAUAAUGCAAAGGAUUUUUGUUUUUGUCACAGUCAAAUUGUGAAAAUUAAAGACUUGCUGCCUUACCUGUGCAGCCUGUUAGUAUUAGAGUGUACACUCCUCUGGGUGUAUUUUAAUGGCAAUAAAGGAAAAUGUAAGUCUGAGUGUAGCAGAGUGUUGGACAGUUAAUACAUGUUUGAGAUAACACUUUGAAUGUGUUCAGAUAAAAAGUGAUUUUUAUAAAUUCACGUGGAUGCAGAGUAGAGAAAAUUAAGAGGCAAAUAUGGCCCUCUUUAAAGGCCAGUUUGAGACUUAUUAUAGUUUGUUCAUUAUCAACAAAUAUAUGCAUUUAAUCUGUAAGCUUAUUGUGGCACACCAGAGUCAGGAAUCUUCCACACACUGUUACAUGUAUGCACACAAAGGUCCUUGCACAUACUGCAUACUUUUACAGGCAUGGAGGUAUUAGUUUACAACCUAUACAUGUUUGGCACAUGCAUCUUAUUCAAAAUAACCUCACACCCCAACCCCGAUUUAUAAAUAUCACCUUUCACAAGAAACACCUAAUAGCUGACUUGGCUUCGAGCUAGUCUGAAGAAGCUGGCCUAUUUUAUAAUAAGAUACUUUUUUUUUUAGAAAGGUUUUUAUAGAAAGAAAGAUAAAUAUUUGUAUUAUUAUAUCUUUUGAUAUUUCAAUGUUGAGAUUUUGUAUAUACUGUAUGAUGUAUCUUAUCUUGUAGAACUCAUGAAUAAAUAUGGAGGUGUGUUUUUCAA